AUGGCAAAUUCUAAAGCUUGUGCUGCCUGCAAAUACCAAAGGAGAAAAUGUACCCAAACCUGUGAAUUGGCCUCAUACUUCCCGGCCAGCAGGUUUGUAGAGUUUGUAAAUGCGCAGCAUACGUUCGGUAUGAGCAACAUUGAAAAGAUUCUGGCUACGGUCGAGCCGGAUCAAAGACCAGCAGCGGCUGAGACUAUACUCUUUGAAGGGAAUAUAUGGAGGAAUAAUCCUUCUGUUGGUUGCCUUGGUGUUACCAGAUUCCUCCGCGAACAAGUAGAUUUCCACAAGAAAGAACUUGAGAUGACAAAUCUAUAUCUAGCAUUUUACAGGGAAUUAAAACAGCAGCUUGAUUCGCUCAAAAUACAAUCAGCACGAGAAGCACCGGUCGUCCCUGAUCAAUUCCCUCGGAUCACGGCUGAGAUGAAAAAGUAUGAAGAAGGGUACAUCUACAUGUCGAGUUUGGAAGACGCACAAGAGAAAGCCUUCGUCAUCGGGCUCAUGCAACCAGCAAGUUUCAGUGGACCUGGAGAGUCCAGGUGUGGGGAAGAGACAAAAGGAGAUGAGGUAGAUCGCUAG